GCCAACAGGUUCAGUCCAGACAAGCCUCCUUGGACAUGCGAAGCAAAGCACUUAAGCAGCCUUAAUCAGAAAGUUCAGAGUUGGACAAACACGAUGUUGAUUUUCGCAGCAGACCGCUCGGGUCACAGGUCACGUCGUCAGCAGUGACUCGCGAGAGAGCCAUAAAUUGGAAGGCGAAUUAGGCCGGCGCCGAGACGAAAGAGCGGAUCAGUCACCACCGCGUCAGCUGAUAUGCAGUUGAUGUCGAAAUCGGACCGUGGGAAUUCGCCGAAAUUUUCCUUCCUUUUGGGCGAUGAUUCUUGAUGGAAGUGAGAGACGCCGGUUGCAAAGUCGUAGCAGAUGUUGAGUCCGUCGUCAGGGGGCGACUGCCCCCAAUGCACCUACGGGGCCGGUUGCCACUCGCAGGGCAGGCCGCGGCCGGUGCUGCACUUUCCGCCGCCACCGCCCAGCACACCCCGAAGAAACGACCCCUUCCUCCAGAGCGCUCCUCUCGCGCCCGCCAGGACGCACCCGCCUCCGCCGCCCCCGGUUGGGCAUCCCCAUGACUACUCUUACGUCUACAACUCGAUGAUGGAGCAGCACCAGCGACCCAGCCCCUCCAGCAGAUCAGACAGGCAGAGGUACAUCUCCACAUAUGGGGUGGAGGAGAACAUAUACGAGGAAAUCAGCGAGGCGAGGGGUGCCUUUGAGAAUCCUUACAGUUUUGAGGAGCGCUGCUCGCGGCCGAUGCCAACCAGUGAGGAGGUGCGGCAGGUGCAGCGCGGCCACCAGUGGGUGCUGGGACAACUCGACCUAGCUAUGGAGACCCUGCUCAUGCCUGGGGAUGUGCUUCCGGACGACGACCCCGGCCUGGACGCCGUGUGUCCCACCGAUGACCUGCUCACCCCGGACUCUGGCUUUCAAAGUGGCUCUGGCUAUGCUCUGGGCUGGAGGUCCAACGUGUCCCUUCCGCCACCCCGCAAGGAAAACAGUCCCCUGUUGCCUGGACACCGCAGGUCGCGCAGCCUCAAGCAGGGUUUGGGGCUGUUCAGCAAGAGGGGGUGGAAAAUGACGGGACUGGCCAAAGUAGCAGCAGCUGGAAUUGAUGAGCCUCAUGCUCACUCGGGCUCGUGGGAUGACUCGGCCCGCCUGUGCACCACUGGUGUCGUCGAUUCGGCAGGCCCCGUUGCUGCGACCAACCCCGUCCUGCGCCAAGGCAGUUCCGAGGAGAGUUGGGGCUCGGCCGCGUCAGACGUUUCCUCUGGUGAUGAGAGCGAGCAGAGCACCAAGGCGCCAAGCAGUCGCGGCAGCUUCGUCGCUAGCACCAACCGAAGUAAUGGAAACAUCAUCAACAAAGCGUUGACUCUGUGUGAAAAGUGGCGAGACCCUCGGUCGAGUGGUCGCAGCACCUCGUCUGAAACCCUGGCCGCGUCAACGUGCACGCUGCCCGCCUCGGAGACGAGUCAGGCCGACUCGGGGGCCAGUCGGCUCUCGCGGUGGUUCUCUAUCCGCAGGGGUAACCAGUAUGACCUGGACCGGCUGCAGGCAUCGGCCGCGGCCAAAAUGCCUCAGCUGCCCGAGGAGGAGGAAGGAGGCGCCGGCGGCUUCACUUUUCCAAGGCGAAUGCAGCCGCCCACUUUACCCACCCUUCCGCCCGGCCUCAGCAGCGAACAGGUCAAACGAAGACACAUUGUGGCAGCAAUUGUUCACAGUGAGAACUCUUACAUGGCCACGCUGCAGAGACUUGUCAAUGACUUUAAAAAGCCCCUGGAAGAAAGCAGUCCUACUAUUUUGAGCGCCAGCAAAAUCAGCGUGCUCUUCUUCAAAAUUCCGGAAAUUCUUCAGUGCCACAACCUUUUUCGAGUCGCCCUUGCAGACGCUGUAAAAAACUGGGACAGAGAUGAGAAGCUUGGAGACGUUUUUGUUGCCUCGUUUUCAAAGACGGUGGUGCUUGACGCCUACAGCGACUUCAUCAACAACUUCUCAAUAGCUAUGGACUUGGCCAAACAGGAAUCGAGACGCAAAUCGGCCCUGGCUGAUUUUCUCAAAGUUAAACAAAUCAGCUCACAUGACCGACUGUCCUUCUUUGGUUUGAUGGUCAAGCCCGUCCAGCGUUUCCCCCAGUUCAUACUCUUCCUGCAGGACUUACUGAAACACACUCCUCACGGCCAUCACGAUAGGAUGUCGCUUCAGUUGGCUCUCACGCAACUCGAGUCAUUAGCUGAGAUGUUAAACGAACGCAAAAGGGAAGCUGAGCAGUUCCAGGCUUUCCGAGAAAUGCUUCGACACGUCAGCUCAAAGUUUUCAGUACGCCCCCUGUCUGACAGCAACCGCUACCUAUUGCGAGAGGACAAUGUGACGCAACUGGAGUUCAACCAAGCUGGCCUUAUAACCAAAUCGAAGAGCAGACGCCUGCUGCUGCUCAACGACUUGCUGGUUUGUGUGUCUGUGGCACCAAAAUCGGCCGACGACUUCAACAGCACGGAAAGACUGAGCCUCAAGUGGACCUACCCUGUCACUGAUGUUGAAGUGCAGGACACAAGCACCUCUCUCACCCUGAGCAGGAUGCUCACUGCCAGCCUUAAUCGCGGAGGAAGUCUCAGGUCUGAUCGAAGUAGUAGCAGUGGUAGAGGGUCAGGAGGAGUGGAAAACUUGUGUCAGGAGAUGAACGACUUAAUGCACGACUAUGAGGCUGUCAGUCGGAUUGCAGAAAUCACCAACAGCCUCAAAGGCAACUACAAAGGACUGACUGUGGAGGGUUGCAGGCAAAUUCUGGAUGGCAUUCAGACUUUGAUCCAGCAGAAGGACGACGAAAUAUCGUGGGUCGACUCGUGUUGCAUGCAGUUGACCAUCAAGACCAAGCCAGGCAAGGAGGAGCAGUUCACAUUCCAGACUGAAAACCCUAACAUUAAGAAAGAGUGGAGUACAGAACUGAGGUUAGCUCAGCUGGCGCUAGAUCCAAAUAACUCAGCUGCUUGGGAUAUCCCUGAGCAGGAGAGAAGGCCUUCUACCAAAAUGCCGUUGUUUGUCAAGGCCAUUCCAGUCACAAAAUCACAGCAUCAAACUGAGGUGAGCUGUGGGUGUUUUUACACGGUGACAAUAAUGAAGCCAACAAGACGGCCUAGGCCACAAAGUUACCUGUGGAUUUGUACAACGGAUGGAGUGUCAAGCUACAUUACGGUUUAUCUGCAACAGCAGGCUGGACUUCGGGAACUCAGCUGUUUGCAUCUAGUCGAGACAAAAGUGGCAGCCAUGGAAUUUGUUCCGGGUAUUUCACAGGGUAGUGGACUCUCAGUGGACAGCGUUUGGCUUGGCACAGAGAGUGGAAGAAUCCUCAUAUAUGCGGCUCAAGAGCCAGAAAGGCAGACAGAACUUGGAGAUUGCUUCGGAGUAGCUGCAGUCCAGCAAAUCCGCUACCAUUGUGAUCAGACUUUUGUCGCUCUUGCAAACGGGACAGUUCUUAUGUACAGGCGCGGUUCGAACGGUGAAUGGUGUUUGAGUGAGCCCCAAAGCCUGUUGCUUGGAACGGAGCCGGUCAGUGUACUGCUGCCCAUCAACAUCUGCAUGUAUGUGGCUUGCGCAAAGAAGGUGUGGGUCAUCAACUCGCUUAAUGGAGACAUGCAGAAAAGCUUCAGUGUACAACAUGACCUCGGUGGCAACGUCAGUAUGAUGGCUCACUCUGGCAUAGGCCUUUGGAUCUCCCACAAAAAUUCGUCCACCAUCUGCCUUUACCACACAGAAACCUUCAAGCACCUGCAAGACAUCAACGUUGCCUCGUACGUAACUCGAGGCCUCUCGGCUCACCACCUCAGUCCGAAAAGUGUCCAUGUCACCGCCUUGCUGGCCUCCAAAGGGCUGCUAUGGGUGGGCACCAACGUUGGUGUCUGUCUCACCAUCCCUCUGCCCCGACUGGAAGGUGUGCCCAUCAUCAGUGGGCGGGCAAACAUUUCUCACCAUGCGCACUUUGGCCCCGUCACCUUUUUGCUAGCCCUCCAACUCCGCACCCCAACGGAAACCAGAACAGCCACCGUCCAGCCGUCCCUGAGCAGCUGCUCCUCCAGCGCCAGUUCGGAUUCCGGGGAGCGCGGCCGCUUGGAGAAGCAACUCUCUGAAGGUGCCCUGCCUGCCCAGCCCGUUCCGAAGCUGAAACACCAACUCAGCAGUCCAGUGGUCAUCCGCAGAAGGGUGCUAAGAGAGGACCCAAGCCGUCGGGCGUCUAAAACCCUGCCCAGGGGCGCCUUCUCAGGGCUGAACACAAGUCAGGACUGUGAUGUCUACGGCCUCUAUGGAGAACUGAUGAACAUUCGGGACUACGAAGAGGAAUCGCCGUCCAAGACGGCUGUUGACUUUGAGGCGGCCAUUAGGAAAAGCGGCAGCGACCCUGAGUUGGCCGCCAUUCCUAGGAAGGUGAGCACGCUGGACCGGAGACUCAGGAUUAACAGCAGCCGCCCAAGAUCCCUCGACUUGUCCAACUGGUCUGUUGACUCAAGGUCAUCUUCUCUGUACACAUCUUCAGGGUCUGAAGACAGUGUCCAGGUGCCCAGCAUGUUAGUGGCGUCCAACACCAAACUGGCCUCGUCCACUCCAGUGGCUGCGAGUGCGGAAGGUCCCAAGGCGGUUGCCGACACCCCAAGAACGGUGUUGACCCUGACUGGUGGUCGAGGCUACGUCAACUGUCGUCGACCUGAAAAGGGAGGCAAAGUGGCCAACGUGGCCGAGGCCAACAGCAGGGAUGCACACAUGGUGCUGUGGGAGACAAAGUUGUGAUAGAGAAAAGUUUAAAAGUGGAUUAUUGCUCGCCGGUGCUCACUCAAGAAUCCUCCAAACGGAGCUGUUCUGCUGUUUUACUCUUGAUAUUACCACUGCUAUUUAUUUCUCAGCACGGGGGAGCCCCCGACAAGAAUCAAGUGAGCAGUAGUUCAUAUUUGUGUACUAUGCAUUUAUCAAAAGUGUGAACUUUUGCUAAAGAAAUCUUUGUUGUGCGCAUAUAUAAUUAUGAUACUGCUUUGAAAGUGAGCAGAAAAUGUUGUUCCAUUGUCUUGUAUUUUAUUAAAGCAAAAAUUAGCUAAGCUCGUAAAGCAGCAUUAGAAAAAUUGACAUAAA